UCUAAUUUACAAAUGGAGCAUAAGACUUGUGUUCGACCUAAGAAAAGAACCCCUGAAGAGAAGGAACUAAUGAAAGUGUUUUCCCGACCACCCCACGAGAGAUCACUUGAAUGAAUCACAAAAUGCAUCCCUAUUUUAAAGAAGAUUAAAUUUUUCUCUCAAAGAGAGAUUGACGAUGAAGAGUACAUGGAAAUCAUUAAGUGAAUGGAAAUCAGUUACUAUCCAAAAGGAAAUAUAAUGUAUGAAGAAGGAUCUUUUGGCAGGGAGUUUCACCUAAUUAUUAUGGGAAAAGUCACCGUUUGUAUUAAGGACCCAUCAAAAUGCGGUGUAGGAGGCGGACUUCGCAAGUUCAGAGCUCCAAAUCAGAAAUGAUUUGAGAGAGCCAAUAAAACUCUGAAGGACACCUAUGAAUUUAUGAAGAUGAAAGCUGGGGACUCUUUUGGUGAGUCUGCCUUGGUAAAUGAUAAACCACUUCAAGAAUCCGUGUUGUGUUCGACUGAUUGCCAUAUUGCUAUCUUGAAGAAAGAAAAAUAUGAGGCUAUCCUGAAAAAGAUUGAGAUGAAGACCAGAGACGGUUGGAUAAGCUUCUUCAGAACUCAUCCUAUUUUCGGAGAUCUGACUCUCGUCUCACUAGAGAAGCUCUUUUGCCUUGUAGAAUUGAAAUUUUUCACUAGGAACCAGCCCAUUUUCAAAGAAGGAGACGAAGUAAAAGGAUUUUAUUUGAUCUAUCGUGGUGAGGCUUCUCUUACUAAGAAAGUAACUAAAUAAAAUUCAUAAGAAAAUAAAUGUGAGUAAAUACUAUAAAACAUCAUCAAACAUAUUGGAAAAAAAAGUUCAAGGAAACUUCCAAUCCUUCCUUCGAUCAACCAUGAUAGAUGCUAAUAAGGUUCAGACUCUGUCAAAAGAUCAUGAAUUAAGAAUCAUGGGAGAAGGUCAACUUCUUGGCAUCGAAGAUGCUCUUUUGAAGAGAUCGAAAAAUACUUCAAAUUAUUUUGGACAGUCUUGAUUCGCAAAAUCUGCGAUCACCAGUUUGUUCUACUUUGAUAAAGCAAAAUGUUGGGAGAAGUUACAAUAUCUCGGAGUCAUGGAUAACCUUACAAAUAUGGCUAGGAAAGAUUACAAGAGGCUUCAAAAAUUUACCAAGCAGUCCGUGCAAGCCAGCAAAAAGUUAAUAAAUGAAGCAUACUCAAAAUCAAAUGAGAAGCCAGCUAUCACAUAUAAAAGUGUAACAAGGGAGGAGGGAGAAUAUCCAAAGACUAUUACGAAUUGGCUAGAUCAGAGAUGCUCCACUAACAAUUACUCAGGAAGAAAUUAUGACAAAAAGACGCCCAUAUAAUAAAGUCAGAUUCAAACUUUGACUGAGUUAAGAGUGUUCCACUAAACCGGCAAAAUACGAGACAGCCAAAUGUAGAAGCAAACUAUCUCAGCUCAAGGAAGGUCGCAAGAAGACUUUUUUCUGAAAAUAUUCAUAAAAAUUAUGACCUAGAAACGGUGAGAAGCAUGAAAAUGGAUUUCGAAAGAUCCAAUAUUAGAAGAAAUUUUAAUCCUUCGAUGACAAGCAAAGACAUUACAUGGUUGCAGAAGUCUGGUUUUAACUCUCCAGCUACAAGGGGGGAACCUAAUAUUAAGAGUCUUAGGAUAAAUCAACUGAAGAAAAUUUGAAGAUCAAAGUGCAAAAAUCUGAAAAAUUCUUCAAGAGAUGUCCUCCUAAACUCCUGAAUUAAGGAGAUCUCUAAGGUCAUCGAAACAAACCCUGAGAGUUAUAGACAAGAAACUAUGAGUGAUAAGGAAGUACCUGGUAUAUGUAUGAGAAAGAUAUCUCCAAAAUCUUCUUUCCAGAACCCGCUAAUAAUACCAGAAAAUAAGAGGAAAAUUAUAUCCAAGAACACCAUUUUGUCUCCUGGCUUUAAAACCCAGAAGAGUCUUUUUGCACAGCUGGAGAAAACUUCGGUAUCUAGCGAAUCUGUUUCCAAUGAGAGGACUCCAGCUAUAGAAAGAUCUAUUCAUAAGAAAUAUUUUCAGAAAAAGGCGACUGAUAUCGGACUGGAAACAAUUGAUGCCAAAUCUCCGCCAAGAGAGAUGACCGCACAGCUAAUAAAAAGUACUUAUAAGUCUCAGGCUCAGAAAGCUAAGUGCAAGCCGACUGUUAAGGUAGUUCAGAAAGUAUCGAAGAAUCUUAAUUCUCUAUGAAUGCCUAGGAACAAAAAUAUUGUGUAUGUGAAUAAUGUAUCCCAAAAAGUUAGGGUCAAACACAUGCAUGCCAAUAGGAGGCUUCCUAUUUCUCCAAGGAGUCUUAAUUUAUCAGGAAGAAAAGGAUGAACUUUUAAAAUUGUGCGUAAGGAAAGAGGCAGAAAUCCUUCCAAACUAAGAAAUUCUCCUGCUUUCAAGAGCAUAAGUCCAAAUGGAGAGAGAAAAAUGAAUUUAGGCUUCAGAUCACCUCAAUUCAAGAUAACGUCUCCCUUAUUUAUAAGCCGUUAACUUUAUUCUUUAUGAAGAGCUUAGGUCCAGCAAUUGGAUGAAAUUGUUCUUCUCUAUAACUUACUUAAUGUAAUAACCCUUUUAAUAAUUUU